AUUAUUAUUAUUAUUAUUAUUAUUAUUAUUAUUAUUAUUAUUAUUAUUAUUAUUAUUAUUAUUAUUAUUAUUAUUGUUAAUGAUAUCAUUACAGUUACUCUUAUUGUUAGUACAAUUAUUAUCGUUACGAUGCCAAUAUCUUUUAUUAUCGGCAAGCUUCAGAGUAGGAAUAUUUUCGAUGGUAUUACAAUGUGGUGCGAUCGUCUGAUGUAAAUUGUAAAGCAGUGAUAUUAACUAUAUACAUUUAUUUUUUAUUAAGGCAUAUCUUUUUUUUUUCUAUUCAGGUUAAACGUUACUCUCGUGUCAUAACGUCAAAAGACGAUCAUCGAUACGUAGGAAUGUUUAGGAUCUCAAAUUCGUUAACCUUUUUUACACUCUCGUUUAGUGGUAUAAAGAAAAUAAAAAUAAAUAGAUAUAUUUAUAGCCUCCGCUAUAGCAAUAAAAAUAAUAAAGUCAUAAACGAGCGUUAUGGAGAAAGUGGCUAAGCGAAGAAAGAGGAAAUCUUUAAUAAAAUUGCAUUUUUGAUAAAGUACAUGAGGUAUAUUGGAAUAUAAAUUUUCUCGUCUCUUUUAUUUAUUUCUUUACUUUCUCUUUUGCGUACUUACUUACAUAGCUAUCAACAAUUUCAUGCGCUUUUUUCAGUAAAAUCAAUUUUUUUGAGAAGUUUGUGUGUGUUCAUAAUAAUAUCGAAAAAAGAAGCACAUAUAAAAUCAAAAAAAAAUAAAAUCUUUAACGUUUAUGAUUGUUUAGAAUUCGUAUUGUGACACAUAUAUAAUGAGUUUGGCUACUACGCUACCAGCGAAAAGCGAAUGGUGAUAGAUCUCCAUACUAAGAUUAAGCUCGAUCUCCUGCGGUCCUUGGAUGCUACGAGUCAUCACUAUAACGGCUUGAUUAAUUGAAGGCCUUUUCAGUGCAAAACAAGAUUCGGUGGCACGAGUUAUACCGGGUGGUGCACGUACUUCUAGAAGGGCCAUAGUGAAUUGUAUAUUGGAUCCUGGUAGGUGAGUUCCCCGCAUAGUAAAGAGCUCAAUAUUACCACUUGGCGGUAAUGGUAACAUGCUCACGAAGGUGAUGUAAUUGUAAGAAUAAUGAGAAGGCAUUCGGAAGCAAGCAUGAUCAUUGCUUUGACAAAAUCUGGAUUCACGAACGCAGCGACUGAAAUAUAAGAUUUUUAUUUUUAUUUGUAUAUAUCUAAUGACUUGUAAAUAUCUUCGAAAUUAAUCCAUAAUAGACCGAAUAUUUACAUUUAUAUAAAAUUCGUGAUAAAAUAAUUAAUUUGAUUAAUUUGUUGAAAAUAUUUUAGUAAAAACAAAUUUAAUUUUUUUUUCUUACUUUUGUUUCUCGUUAUCUUUGACGUAUCCUGCAGGACAAUCGAUUUUGUUACACCUAAAGCCACCUCGCGUAUUUUGACACAUCUCAUUGGGAUCUUUGCAACCUGGUCCGAUAGAACACUCAUCGAUAUCUGGAAAAAACGAUAGAAGAAAUAAAUUUAAUGCGAUUAAGGAAGAAGCAAAGCGUUGACAACUGACAACGUGAUUGUAUGACGCGGUUGUAUGACACAUAACGUCGCGUGGGUAGUAUAAUCAUACUCUCUUUCUUUUUUUCUUCGUCGUGAUUCGAAUGACGCUCCAGUUCUUCCGCUUAUAGGUCAAGUACAAUUCGCGUCGCCUACUUGCGAAUUGAGAAAUUGUUGUUAGUAGUUUCAAUCAUGUUAGUGGUGUUAAUCAAAUGUAUACGAGACAUUUAAGCAACACGACUCCUUCAACUGUUUCAAACUUCGUUAUAUUCUUGAAAAAAGUCAUAUUGCGUGACAAUUUGACAUCCGACGACUCGUUAACUCUGAUUUAAUCGACAUGUUUCAUCUUAGAACGAGCCUUUUAUUAAAUGUUCUGUAUCGAACACUUUAAACGACAUUUUAUGUUCCAUACGUUAAGUUCUCUUUAUGUAAAUAAAAGGUACAACAUUUUUUUCUUACCUUGGCACGUUCGACCAUCGGUGCCGAGUUUAUAACCAUCGGGACAUUUACAAGCGUAGCUACCUGGCGUAUUCUCGCAUAUACCAACACAAAGAUUAUUUUCCUUGAACUCUUCACACUCGUCUAUAUCGGUGCAGGAACGAUUGUCCGCAUUUAAUCUGAAACCUGGUUUGCAGCCACAUCUAUAGCUACCCCAAACAUUCAUACAAUAAUGCUGACAUAAUCCUGGAGUUCGUUGACAUUCAUUGACAUCCUGGAAAGUUGACAUUCACUGAGAAAAACAUGUAAAUCAUAAGGAAACACGAAGAAAGAUCAAGAAAAUCACCUGACACAUUCCACCAGGUAUACCAACAAUGUUCUCAAAUCCUGUAUCACAAGAACAUCGAUACGAACCAACAGUGUUCUCACAACGACUAUUCAAGCCACAUAUACCACUCCCAUAAAUACUACAUUCGUCGAUAUCAACGCAAUCUUUAUUAGGACCAUCGAUAUGUCCAGGUGGACAUUUGCAAACGUAUCCACCUUGCCUAUUCUCGCAGAUCUGUUCAGCUGAACAUUCGUGACUAUUAUCAGCACAUUCGUCUAUAUCUAUGCAGUGCUGACCAGUCGUAGAAUCCAAAGUGAAUCCAUUACCACAGAUCACUCUCGACAUACAUCUUAAAAUGAUAUUUACUAUUUAAUAAUUGAACAAAAAAAUGAAUCGUUUAAAACAAACCAGAUCUUUACUUGUACGAGCCAAUAGUGUUGACGCAACGUUGCAUGGUCCUACCACAAGGAUUCGGCACUCUCUGACACUCAUCGAUAUCUAUACACUUAUUUCCAGAAGAUUCGAAACCGCGUGGACAAUUAACAGGUGGAACGUUAGGAGUCACAGAAAAUGGUGUCAUUGUCGUAGUAGUUGUCAAAGUCGUCGUAGCGACAAGAGCCUGAGGAGUUGUUACUCGUAAAUUCCGAUCGCAACGAUAAGAACCGACAGUGUUUCGACAGUGAUAACCUUCACUGCAAUCGUGUGUACCAAGAAGACAUUCGUCAUCGUCCUCGCAUAUUUCAGUCGCUGCAUUUAGAGUGUAACCGGUACCGCAGGGUAAGAAACGUGUACAAAUGUAGCUACCUAUGGUAUUAUCGCAACGUUGAGUUGGUAGACAAUCGUUUUCCUUAAAUUCACGAUUAAAAAUACAUUUCAUUUCUUCGAAUUAACAUUUUUAUCUUUGUAAAGUUAGAAUUCAAAAUACUUACCUUUAAUUGACAUUCGUUAAUAUCAACGCAAGCUUGUGUAAGAUUUUCACGUCUGAAUCCGGUUCUACAAUUACAAGUAUAACUUCCCAUAGUGUUAAUACAUUGUUCGUUACUACUACAAACAUCCUCGAUCUCGCGACACUCAUCGAUAUCGACGCAACCACGAUUUCUUACGAAUUUUGUACCCUUUAAACAUUUUUGAUCGGCUGACGGUGUCAUUGGAGUCGUAGGUGGUUUUCUGGUUAUCGGAAUUGGUGCUUUGGCACAACUAUAACCACCUGGUUGAUUGUAACAAAUCUCUUCGCCACAGCUAUCCAAUCCUUCGGCACAUUCAUCGAUGUCUGUUUCAAAAACAAACGAUUGUAUAUAUUUUUAUCUCAUAGAUUUAACAAAUUUGAUUUAAUAAUAUUAUGUUAUAUUAAUUAUAUCAAUUUGACAACACAUACAACAUUGUUCGACAUGCAAUAGAAACGUUGGACAAUGCAACGAAUUUUAAAAAUAGAUUUUGUGAAAAACGAGAAUUUCAACAUGCAUACAUAUACAUAAUAGUCGUGUGAGUUAGUCUACAAUGUUAUGGUUUAAACAAAAUUAUUACCAACUAUUCAACCGCAAAAUACAUUGUUGCGAUCAUACGACAUAUCUUCCAAAAUUCUGCAAAUGUUAGAAUUCUACAAAAAUUUAUAUUUAAAUCUUCCAAAUAGAGUUUAUAUAAUUUUUCUAUUAGAAUACUGCAGUUGUUUUAACUAUUUUGUAAGUAUUAUUCGAAUACCUGUGCAUUUUCUCAAUCUUGAAUUAUAUCGAAAUCCAGAAGGACAAGCCGGUCGUUGACGUUGAUGUUGUUCGGGUAUUGGUGGUUGUUCGCACCUAAAAAAUAUACAGAAUAGUUAUAAUAAACGUUACAAGUUCUUAAUAAGAAAAUAUACAAUUUACAAAAAUAUAGCUUACCUGUAAGUACCUGGUAGAUUGAUGCAUCUUUGUGAAAGUCUAGCAUCACAGCUAUGUUCACCGUUUAAGCAUUCGUCCACGUCCUCGCAACGUCUGCUCUGCAAAGAAUAUUUAUAACCCGAUGAACAGGAAGGCAAACGUGUUAGACAUUCAUAGCUGCCUUCUUUAUUAACACAAUACUGAUGAAAUUGUAAGCGACAAUCGUGAAGAUUUUCAGAACAUUCGUCGAUAUCAACGCAGGUUCCAUUAAAGGCACGUUUGAAUCCACUUCGACAAAGUGGUAUUAACUGACAAUGAUAGGAACCAUUGGUGUUAACGCAUUGAUGGGUCAUUUGUGGACAAUCGUGUCUACCCAAAAGACACUCGUCCACGUCCUGACAACUCUUCGUCGUCGUGCUGAAGAACCAUCCAAUGCUGCAAAGCGGAGAACAUUCAUAACCACCGAGAGUAUUGCGACAUCGUUCGUGAUCUCGACAACCUGGUCCUGUUACACAUUCAUCUAUGUCAAUGCAUUGUCCUGUUGCAGGAUUCCUUCUGUAUCCCAAUGCACAUGGUUCCACACUCCACUGACGAUCGUCGAUCUACGUAAAGAUAUGUUUCAAAAAAAAAAAAGCAAAUUUAGAUCUUAUCAGGUGGCAGGUGAACGAAAUGUACUUGUAUCCUAUUCGCAUGAGAAUCAAUCAUUGUCCUUAAAGUAGUCCAAUCUGCAAUACUUGUUCUGGUCGUUGUCGUGCUCGUAGUAGUACUCAACGUUUGACAAACGUAAGAGCCAUUGGUAUUACGACAAACUUGAGAAUUCUUGCAGGUGUGUAAACCAAGUGAACAUUCGUCUAUGUCUCGGCAAUCCUCUUUUCCGUUAGAUCCAGGCUUUUUGUACGGUUUAAAUCCUGGUAGACAGGCUGAAUAACAUUCGUAAGUACCCAAAGAAUUCACGCAACGUUCUCCUACACGGCAUACCGCUAUUCCACUAAUACAUUCAUCCACGUCUAGUAGAAAUACAUGAGAAACGGAGACGAUCAAAUAUAACGAGGCAAUUUGUAAUAAAUAUUUUGUUUACAUAUUAUAUAACAUCUCACCAAUGCAUAGUCUACUUUUUGAAUCGAACUUAUAUCCAGAAUCACACGAUAAGUUGUUCAUUUCACUCAUUGUCAUAGGUAUCGUCGUUUGAAUUCCUGUUUUGUUAUCCCUACUAUAUAAAAUUAUAUCUCUCUCUUUUUUUUGUUGUUGCUGUUCUUCUUCAUCAUCAUUUACAUUCCCGUCAGUAUAUACUAACAGUUCGCACCUAAUAAAAUUCAUUAUAUUCAUUUAUAUGAUUCAUAUACACAAAUCAUCAAACUAUGUAUAUUUUCAAUGAAAUCGUAUACCUGUAACUACCGAUCACAUUGAGACAUCGCUCGUCCGAUUCACAAAUAUGAAGUUGUUCAGUACAUUCGUCAAUAUCAAUGCAAUUUUCCGUGAGAUUUUGUGAUGGUUUAAAACCAGGUAGACAAUCAACAUUCCACACAGUUUUAUUCAAUGGAGAACCAAAAGAAAUAAAGUCCUUUGAUCUGGUACAUUCGUAACCACCGAUUGUAUUAACACAUUGUGUUCCAGGUUCGGGACAAGGCAUAAUGGUUUCAGUGCAUUCAUUCAAAUCUAAAUAAUAUUAAAAGAAAUGAACUUUUCAAUAUCGAAGAAAAUUUGUAAUAACAUUUUCAAGAAAAAAGAAAGGAAGAAUAGGAUCUUUUUAUUGGAUUUAUCAUAUAAACUAAAUGUUAAUAAUUGUUACCUCGCAUGCAUCGAAAACCAAAGUGAAAGGGUCGACAUGCUGAUAUAGAGAAUAAAAAAACGAAAUUGCGUGUAUAUUUCUAUGGGACAGUAAAGAAAAAUAAAUCGAUAAAAAUUAAAUAAUUCUAAUCGAAAAGAUUAAAAUAAAUUACAUUAUAACACUAACCAAUACAAUUUCCAAAACUAAUGCUAUAAACGAAUCCCUUGUGACACUUAAUAUCACACUCAUAAGCUCCAGCAAUAUUUCUACACUCUUCUGUCUCUUCCAAACAACUAUGUAUCCCUUCAGCACAUUCAUCUACGUCUAAUCAAAAAAUAGGAAAGUUUUUGUAUGAAGUCUUCGUCAUUAGAUGACUUCGUUAAUUAUUUUAUGUACCUUUGCAUGUCUGAGAUGUCUUGUCGAAUUUAAAUCCCGCAGGACAUGACUUCGUACCUACCAUUUUAAGACAGGAAAAACUACCUUGUGUGUUUACACAAAAAUGUGUACUUUCCGUACAUACAUUUGGUGAUACAACGCAUUCAUUGAUAUCUAAAAAAUAUCCUUUCGUAUAUUUUUUUUUUUAUUUAAUCAAUGAAUAUUUUCUUAUUUCAACACGAAGCGUUCAUCAUACAUAUUUAAAACGAUCUCUGAAUAUAAAAGUAUUGGUAAAUAACAAAAGUAUCUCUUUUAUAUUUUAAAUGGAGAUAUACCUGUGCAAACUUUAGUCCGAGCAUCCCUUUGAUAUCCAGGUGGACAAGCUUCGUAGGCUGCAUUUUUUUGUGUUUUUAUGAUGCAUCUGAAUGAUCCUAUGGUAUUUUCACAUCGUCCUGGACACUGAACUUUUCUUUCCAAGCAUUCGUUUAUAUCUAAAUGCGAGAUGGUAUCAAGACAAAAGCACGAAAUUAUGAUAAAAUCGAGUUCAAUGCAAUGCAUUGUGCACAAAGACAAUAAGCGAAUAACAAAUUGACUAGAAUGAAAAAGCGGGAGCAAAAGCAAGAUAAAGAUCUCGCGUUACCAAGCUUACGGUCGUCACCAUUUAUUACCGUUACAUUCUUUUACCUUUCAUACAUUUAAUUUGUUUAUAGAGCUUCUCGAGAGUUCUACAUGAAUACAUACCAUUGCAAACUUGUAAAGUAGAAUUAUAGCGAUAACCAGCAGGACAAAGAGGUAAUAAUGCAUCAUCCUCGUCAGUUUCAGUCGAUCCAGUACUAUUCGUUGUUGAUUUUAGAAUACAUGAACGUUUGUCAUCAGCCAAUUCGAAUCCAAGAUUGCAACUGCAACGGACUGCUACACCAGUGUCCGUACAUCGUUGCUCGCAAGGAUUGGUGGACUUACAUCUAGAAGAACAUUUAAUGUUUCGUAUAAAAAAAUACUAAUCGUUGUUUAUUCAAUAAUCGUACCUAUCGGUCAAUAGAUCUUGUCUACAAGUUUUUUCAUCUUCCAGAAGAGUAAAUCCUUCACGACAAGCGCAAUAAUAAGAUCCUGGAGUUGGUAUGCAUAUAUCGGUACAGAGAAGACCUUUCAUCAGUUGACAAAUAUCAUCCAACGCUAUAGAAAAAAUUGUUCUAUCGUAAAAAAUCAUGAUGAAAAUUUGUUUCUAGCUUCUUAUCCUUGAUUUUAUCACUUACGAGGCGUAGGUAUUGUCGUCGAAUCAGUCGAGAAAGGAGAAGAAGGUAAGGACGAAGAGGAAGAAGACGAUUCCGAAGAUGGAGAUGUCAUUGAAGAAGCGGAUAGAGAAGUCUCAGAUUCGGUUUCCGUAUUACUAUUGGAUGAAAGUGUAGAAUAUGUAGCAUCCGUAACCAAUGUAGUAUUCGGUAAUGCUUCGUAACAACAUUGUAAAAACGCAGGAUCCCAUGGGAUUCCAAAAGUAAAUGUUUUGAAUGAGCAACCUUGGCCCAUAGAACCGGCAAGUAUUCCUAAAAUAUCGGAAAUCAUACAUAUUCUAUGAUUCCUAGUAAAAAUAAAUUUCGAGAAUUUCUAGCAAAUGUUUAGUACCGAGCUUGCAACCCUCGCAACAAUCACGAUGAUAAUCUCCUCGUCUCGGUAUUUUCACGCUGGUGCUCGUAACGCAGGCCAAGCCAUUUCGAGCAUCAGCUUUUCCUUUUUCACACUGUUGAUCAUGAUAAGUUCGCACGCAACAAAUAUCCACAGCUUCUAAACAGAGACCUUGUUCGACUCUAGGAACCCCACUAACCGGUCCAGUAAAUUUCUCACAUUUAAGACCUUCCAUUGCCCAUGAAGUACCAAGGCCACAACAUUUUUCAAAUUGUGCUUCUAUUCUAGCUUCGACUAUAAUCCCUGAAAGGGAGAAACAGUAAAUUCUAUUACCUAACCAUUUGCUUUUAUCAUUUUUAUCAUUUUAUCUUGUCUUAGAUUUUGCCAGUGUUUUUCUUUUUUGUUUUUCACAGAACAAACACAAGCAAAGACAAGAAUCGUUGAUCUAGUAUCAAAAGCAAGUUAUCUCCUAUUUGCAUUUUAUUUCUCUACCUAUUUUCAUUGAGGUAUUCGCGAUCUAGAAUGAGCAGGAAGUAGGUAAGGGAACAAAAAUACGAAUCAUUGCGCGCGAAUAAGAAAAACUAUUGUUUGAAUAACGUGAUAAGAAGAAAACUAUGCUAAUUAGAAGAGUAUCGUUCAUAGAAACCAUCUUGUUGAACAAACAUAAGAAAACUGCGCAAGUUAAAAAAAUAUCGUUCAUAGAAAUCAUCUGUUGAGCAAAUAUAAUAUUUCAUGAAGUACCUAGAAACCAAGUGAUUAACAGCUUCAACAUUUAAUGUAAUAUUGUUUGAUAAGUUACUUCAUCAUCCUCGACUAUUCUUAUCAAUGAUAUCAGAAUACGUAUAAACAAAUUUUUUAUUCGACAAUGUAUGACUUAUGUAUAUAUAGGUGUAUUGAGAAAAUUCUCAAAUAAAUUCAAUAGGAUCUUUAAUAGAUCAGAUCGCGUCUCGUUGAUAUGCAUCACGCUUAACGCUUGUGAAUUUAUCGAAGUCAAUUCAGAGACGAGCGUAGCCCGCGUACACAAAUAGGGCUAGGUCACGAUGGCUAAUGGAAUGAUUCGUUUAAGACAAUCGCACGCGCUUAUCCAACAACGACGGCUCAACGAAACGAUGAAGUUCAACGCGAAGGAGAAAAUAAUAAUAAAACAUAAGAGACUAAUCGAGAGAAUCUUCAUCCUCCAACGAAUUACGUAAGUUCGAAAGGCGGCUAUAGAUCAACCAAUCAGACAUCACGUAGUAUCUUUGCGCCCAGGAUAUUGCUCAGAAAAUCAAGAUGGCAUCCGAGAAUGAUACGGGUAUCGUGUCAAAUGAACGAUGUGAUGUAAAUAAUACGAUUCAGCAAGUGUUUGAGCCGUUGAGAAGGGAAAUAUCGAGCGCGAAGGUGCUUGGAACACAGUGGAAGAACGUGAACAAAGAGGCAACCGAUUGUUCCGGCGAUAUCGGUUUAAAUUCGAACAGGACGCCCACGGUUUUCCCUACAGCGUCAUCGUUCAACACAAACACCGACCGACAUGAAUUACAAAGAAACGCGAACACUUUGAGCUCUUCUGGUGAUGUGCAAGAACGUGCGAAUUAUAAAUUCAUUAUUAGUACGACUUUGCAUAAAUUACCUUCAAAGCCAGACAGUAUGUCCACUCAGAGGAAUGAUCUAGACAGUGCUGCUUGUGUACCUGAGAAAACAGACGAUAAUCCAGAUCAAUGUAAUAAUGAAUUAUUGAGGACUGCAAGAGAACCAGUGCAACAUAUUAUUCAUACCGAUUCCACAUGUGGCAACAGUACAUUAUUAUCUACCAGUAUGCAUGCAUUACCAGCAAAAUUAGAGGGAUGUUUAAAUUUCUCUAACAAUACUCCUCAACUUGGAGAAAGCCCACAGAGUAAUGGAGAAGUAAUCAGUAGUCCUCGAAGUCCAGAUUACCCUCCAAGGGUUUCAAAUAGUCCAAAUAGUCCAGAUAUAAUGUUUCCUAUUACUAUGACAUCAACACAUACCGAUUCUAAUAUUAAUAUAAUGGAUACAGCAAAAUAUGAUGAAGAAAAUACUGAUACAUCUACAAAAAUUAGCACAGAGUUGCAGAGUUAUCAGUGUUGUGGCAAAUUGGAAAUGAAUGAUUCAGAAAAUUCUGUUUUACAAACAAAAAUAAAGCAGGAACAUGAUUCAACCGAAGAAAAUAUACAAGACACAACUAAAACAGAAGUAGUUGAACAAAAAGAAGAAUCAGAAAUUAUUAAAUCAAAUUGGGGAAAUGAGAGAAUACCAAUUACUGUGACAAAUAAGAUCGAUAGUAAUACACAUCAAAAAUCUAUAGAACCUAUUAAUACAUCGUCUUCAAAUUCACAUUCAAAGCUGGAUUCAUCAUCCAAAGACAAACGUAAAGAACAUAGUGAUAGAAGACACUGUUCAAGAUGCUAUAGAAGAAGUAAAAUCAAACGGGCAAAUGUUGGUGUCCAAUGUAAACGUGAUCGUAGUAUACUUCCUUUAAAUACUAAAACAAUUUCUUUACCAUUAUCAAAAUCUACUAGUGAUAAUCUGAGACUUAAUUUACAAACAAAAAAUUAUAAGAUGCUUAAUAGUACAGGGGUGAAGAGUGAAUUAUUAGAAGGCUUAAAAUAUAAGAAAUUUAUUCAUAUAGAGACAUAUCCUAAUGGUGGGGCAACUGUUGUGCAUAUGUUUCAAGAUGAAAUUGAUACUUUAUCCAAUGAACAAGUAGAAGAGUUGGCACAAGAGUAUUUUAAAGUAGUUUUUGGGGAAGAUGAAAAUGGUAAUGCUCAUCAUGUUAUGGGAAUAGUACAUAAUGCAGCAGCAUAUCUUCCUGAUCUUUUGGAUUAUAUGGCAAAUAAUUAUCCUACUUUAACAGUGAAGAAUGGAGUAUUAGGAAGAAGUAGUGAUAUUGAAACAACUACUAUGGUACAGUACAAAGAGCAAGUUUGCAAAGCAUACAGUAAUGGAACAAUACGAUAUGGACCUUUACAUCAAAUAAGUCUUGUGGGUACUGUCCAUGAGGAGGUUGGAGGUUAUUUCCCUGAUCUUUUACAAAAAUUAGAGGAGAAUCCAUUUUUGAAAUUGACAAUGCCAUGGGGUCCACUAUCAGUAGUAAAAAUGGAAACUCCACAAGAAUCAAAUGAUGGUCCUAUUCUAUGGAUUAGGCCAGGGGAACAAUUAGUUCCGACGGCAGAUAUAAAUAAAAGUCCUUACAAAAGGCGUAGAACGGGAAUAAAUGAACUACGUAACUUACAAUACUUACCACGACUUAGCGAAGCUCGAGAAUACAUGUUCGAAGAUCGUACAAAAGCUCAUGCCGAUCAUGUAGGUCAUGGAUUAGAUAGGAUGACUACAGCUGCUGUUGGAGUAUUAAAAGCGGUGCAUGGUGGUCAAGCAUCAGAAUAUAAUAGAGUUACGAAAGACGUUGUGGCAUUUUACGCUGGUGAUUUUCCAGAGUUAGUUGAAAAACUUCAACUAGACCUCCAUGAACCACCAAUAUCUCAAUGCGUACAAUGGGUCGAAGAUGCUAAGUUGAAUCAAUUAAGAAGACAAGGUAUUCGUUAUGCAAGGAUAAAUCUUUAUGAUAAUGAUAUUUAUUUUUUACCCCGUAACAUUAUUCAUCAAUUUAGAACUGUCUCAGCUGUUUCAAGCAUCGCAUGGCAUGUUAGAUUGAAACAAUAUUAUCCAGAGUCACAACAUAAUUCAAGCAUAAGACAUAGUCGAGUUAUUAAUGAAUCUACCCAUCGUAUUAAAGAAAAGAAACCAUUAGAAACCGUUGGUAUAGGAGAUGAGCAGAAAGAAAAUACUAAUCGUCAACGAUUAGAGCAAAAGCUUUAUUCUGAUUCUCUUGAAGAAAAAAAGGCUAAAGAAAGAGCUGCGGAGUAUCAAGGAAAUUUAAAGAAGUCAGAUCAACAUGGAAAACGAAAAGAUGAUCGUAAAAGCCGUGAUCAUGGCCGACACUCAUCUGUUAAAAGAAAAGAUUGCGAAGAAAAUAAUGAUACAGCUACAAAUCAUUUUAAUGACAGUAAAACUACAAAGAGUGGAGCUAGCGAUCAAAAGUCUAGCAGCAGUAAAAGGGAUGAUAAAAGGUCUGAUAAAAAACACGAGAUACGACGCCGCAAUAGUGACAAAUCAAGUCACCAUUCACAUGGUAGCAGUAGUAGCAGUAACAAUAGCAGCAAAAGUAAUCAUUCUGGAGAAAAGAAGAAAUAUGAUUGUAAUAGUCAUAAAUUAGAUCAUCAUCGCAGUCAUCAUAGUAGAUCAAGUGGUAAUAAUAAUGUUUCGAGUAAAGAGACUAUUUUGAAUGUGAUGGAAGAACGAACAUCUAUUAAAUAUGGUACAACAGGAUCUCCUUUAAAAGACAGCAAAAGACAUUUUAGUUCUUCAGAAAUUUGUCCACCUGUAUUAGAAUCUUCUAAUUCUGAAGUAAUUGUUUUGGACAAUGAAGUAUUAAAUCAAAGACAGCUAAUAGCUAAAACGUAUGCAACUGAGGUUGUUGAUAAGGCAUUAGAAAUCGCUAUAUACAAGUCUAAGACUGACGUUGAUGAAGUUUGUCAAUCUUUAAGGAUUGGUGUAGCUGAAGCCUCAAAAGAAGUACUAGAUAAAAUUAGAAAAGAAAGUUUUGAAAUUGCUGAACAAAGGUUCAAAGAUGAUACUACAAAACUGGAAAGGUAUUCUCAAUUACUUGAAAUGGAAACUGUAUUAGCAUUUACAUCGAAAAUGGAAUGCGCAACAGAAAAUGCUGUGAAAGCUUUAAUUGAAAUGGCCGAGGACGAAGCUAAGGAAAGAAUAAAAAACGAGAAACCAUCUGAGAGUCCUGCUGAAGAUCAUACCAUCCCUGAAAACCAAAUUCCCACUUUAACCAGUACAAGUUCUUGCUCUUCCGUUUCAAUGACUACAUCACCAUUGAUGGAAAGUGAGAAAUACAGUAGUAGUAGUAGAAUUAGCAAUGUAGAAGAAAAAUCCUUAAAAUCAUCCGAUCAUCACGCUUCUGUCGGAGAAUCUAAACGAAAGUACAGAGAUGAGAAAGAUUCUAGAAGUCAGAGGCAUAAAGAAAAAAGAGAUCGUGACAAACGAGAUCGUGAUCGUAAAAAACAUCGUCAUCGAAGUCCACAAAGUAAAUCUGAACAUAAAACAAGUGAGACGAUAAAGGAAAGUUCAUCAAAGAAUGUGACCUCGUCGAUUCGGGAUGUUUCUAAUUCUAAUAAACCUGCAGAUUCUACUGACAUUAAAGAAAGUGAAAAGAAAUUAGAAAAACGAAAGGACAGUCAUCACAGUCAUGGAAAAGACGGACAAAAGAAAUCAUCCAGCAGCCGUUCGAGUAAAGACGAUACAGGAUCGAGUAAUUCACAUUCGACGAGUUCAAACCAUAAACGCAAGUCAAGUUCGUGUUCAGAACAUAAAGAACACAAGAAAUUGUGUACAGAAAAAGAAACAAUUUCACGAACAUCUGAAAUAAAUAUUAACCCUUCAGUUCCCACCACAACAAUUGUGACAACACCAACUGAAACAACUUCUACGAACGUUGUUACAUCAACGACAUGAAAAGGUGAAAAUUACUUUUAAUGUGUAAUACAGUCUAUUUAAAAAGUUGACAGUUUAUGUUAGCUUAGCUAAUAUAGAAAUAUGUGCACUUUUAAUUGGAUGAAGUGAUAUAUCAAGAAUGAUGAAAGUUUGUGCUUGAUACACAAACUUCGAUAUUUAAUUGUUAAUUUGAUUUGAUACACUUUCAUCUUGAAUGAAAAGAUGAUGUUACAGAUCUAAUUGAUUUUCAGAGCUUACUGUUGAGAAGUCCAAAUUGACGUCUGUAUUGCAAAAGUUAUUUUGCUAUAAAAACUCUGAGUGUCUCACAAACUGAAAGUGAAGAACAUAGUUGAUAGAUAUUUAUACUAUAAGUGAUCGAUCAAUGAGUGGUGUACAAAUAGAACUUGUACAAAUUCGUGGUUGGAAAUUUUUUCCGAUCAGCAUAAGAUUAUUGUGCAUUGUAUAUAGACCAAAAAAUGCCCUAUUGGGAAGAUUGUGUCACAGCAAAGCUUGAUUAAAUUAUUUAUAUAUGUAGAUAUAUAAUAUAGUAUAUGUUAAAUUAUUUAUAUUUUCAUUAUAUCUUAUGACAGUACAGAAAAUUCUUAAUUUGGAAAACAAAGCUAUCAAUCAUAUUGUUUCCUUUUUUGUUCUUUUUUUCUUUAUAUCAUAAAUCGUACAAAAUUAACAUUCUUUAAAUUCAUACUAUAAAGAAUAACAUUUUUUUGUUUACCCUAUUAAUUAGGAAUUCGAGAUCGAUAGAAAAGGAAGAAAAAAUACCAGAAUACUUUUAAUAUACGGAUUAUAGAUUAAGUCGGAAUCUAUAUAUUAUAUUAUUAUUGGAGAUAUAUAUGAUAAAACAGAUAUAUGCACAUGCUUUUCAUAUUUGUUUAGCAGUCACGAUAUGUCAUAAUGUGUUACUGUCUUAAAGCAAUAUAUCUUCUUUUCGUUCCUUUACGAAUAUAAAUACAAUUUUAUAUGGAUGAUACGAUGGAGUAGCAAUAAAAAUCUGAAUAUAUUUUUGUUUGAAGCAAAAAGAAAAAAGCGUAUCUUACUUUAAGUUGUAGAUAGCAACAUUAUUUUCACAUUAUGAGAAAUAGUAUUAUGGGUAACAACAGACGUACAAAUUCUUUGCCUUUGAAGAUAUUACUUGUUUGGGACAGUGAAACAUUGCAACAGAUUGAUCACAAAUGUUAAUAAUAUUUUCUCUAUUUGAGUAAAAUAACAAUUGUUCUAAAAUUAAUGGUAGCUAUAGAAAUGAGAGAGAGAGAGAGAGAGAGAGAGAGAGAGAGAGAGAGAGAGAGAGAGAGAGAGAGAGAGAGAGAGAAU